AUCAUUGAUUGCAGCAGCUCUCCAAUGGCAGGCGGCCGCACCACCGUCCGCGUCGCCGUCGUGGGCGACCGCGGCACCGGCAAAUCAAGCUUGAUCGCCGCCGCCGCUUCCGAAAACUUUCCCGAAAGCGUCCCCUCCGUUUUGCCUCCUACUCGCCUCCCCUCCGACUUCUACCCCGACGGCAUCCCCGUUACUAUCAUCGAUACUUCUUCCAGUUUGGAGAGUAGAGGGAAGCUUGCGGAGGAAUUGAAGCGUGCAGAUGCAGUGGUGCUAACCUAUGCAUGUGAUCAGCCUGUGACUCUUGAUCACCUCAGUACUUUCUGGCUUCACGAACUUCGUCGACUUGAGGUGAAGGUACCCGUGAUUGUAGUUGGUUGCAAGCUAGAUUUGCGAGAUGAGCGUCACCAUAUGAGUCUAGAGCAGGUGAUGUCACCAAUUAUGCAACAGUUUCGGGAGAUUGAGACUUGUAUAGAAUGUUCUGCCGCUAAUCUGGUUCAGGUCCCUGAAGUGUUUUAUUAUGCUCAAAAAGCAGUUCUUCAUCCCACAGCCCCAUUAUUUGAUCAAGAAACCCAGGCUUUGAAACCUCGAUGUGUGAGAGCAUUGAAACGGAUAUUUAUUCUUUGUGAUCACGAUAUGGAUGGUGCCCUGAAUGAUAUGGAGCUGAAUGAGUUUCAGGUUAAAUGUUUCAAUGCUCCGUUACAGCCCGCUGAAAUAGUGGGUGUUAAGCGAGUUGUACAGGAGAAGCUACCUGAAGGAGUCAAUGAGUUUGGGCUUACCUUGACAGGGUUUCUUUUCCUCCAUGCUCUUUUUAUAGAGAAAGGGCGCCUUGAGACAACCUGGACUGUUUUAAGGAAAUUUGGUUAUGAUGAUGAUAUUAAGCUCAGGGGCGAUCAGCUUUCAAUUCCUUCCAAGAAAGCUCCUGAUCAGAGUGUGGAGUUCACAAGCGAAGCUGUGGAGUUUCUGAAGGGGGUCUUCAGUCUGUUUGACAUGGAUAAGGAUGGAGCCCUGCGUUUUUCUGAGCUUGAUGAUCUAUUUUCAACCGCACCAGAAAGUCCUUGGGAGGAAGCUCCUUAUAAGGAUGCUGCAGAGAGAAGUGCAUUGGGGGGUAUAUCACUUAAUGGGUUUCUAUCUGAGUGGGCCCUUAUGACUCAACUGGACCCAGCUCAAAGUAUGGCUAAUUUGAUAUGUAUUGGAUAUACAAGUGAUCCUGCAUCAGCACUCCGUCUUACUAGGAGAAGAUCAAUUGAUCGUAAGAAGCAACAGACAGACAGAAAUGUUUUCCAAUGCUUUGUUUUUGGGCCAAAAAAUGCUGGAAAAUCUGCAUUACUGAAGGCAUUUCUGGGAAGGCCUUUCUCAGACAAUUAUACUUCAACAACUGAGGAGCAUUAUGUAGCAAACCUUGUUGAUCAGUUUGGGGGAACUAAGAAGACUCUUAUACUGCGGGAGAUUCAAGAAGACAGAGUUAAAAAACUUUUGUCCAACAAGGAAUCCCUGGCAGCUUGUGAUGUGGCGGUUUUUGUUUAUGAUAGUUCGGAUGAAUAUUCUUUAAAGAGAACAUCAGAAUUACUAAUGGAAGUGACUAGGCGUGGAGAAGAAACUGGUUUUGGGGUGCCUUCCCUCUUAAUUGCAGCCAAGGAUGAUUUGAGUUCGUAUCCAAUGGCAACAAAAGAUUCAGCAAAGAUUUGUCAGGAUAUGGGGAUUGAUGUACCGAUUCAUAUCAGUGUGAAGGAAAGAGAUUUGAAUAACGUAUUCUCUAGAAUUGUAAGCACAGCUGUGACCCCUCAUUUAAGUGUUCCUGAAACCGAAAUUGGGAGAAACCAGAAGCACUACCGGCAGAUUGUUAAUCGCUCUCUCAUGUUAGUUUCAGUUGGGGCUGCUGUUGCUGUGGUUGGAUUGGCAGCCUAUCGUUCCUACACUGCAAGGAAGAAUGCUGCCUCCAAUUAGGUUUUAAUAAUAUUUUCCAUCUAGCGACAAGCUGCUGUUACACCACCUUAACAGCUUAAAUAAAUUAAUUGCCUAUUUUACCAUAUAUUCCCGUCAUUUUCCAUGUUGUCUAUUGUUAAGCAUUCUCAAGAUGGCUUUGUAUAUAGAGUAUUUUUCUUUUUCAAUGCUGAAGAUCCAUAUUUUUGUUGUGUGGAAAGUACAUAGCUCUUGUUUUCCUGUU